AUGUCGGUAUGUUUCGACUUGGUUGGAACCUCAUUCCAGGCGGUCGGUUUGGUCUACACGCCCGUUUCUGUAUUCCAAAUGCUCAAGGGAAGUAUCAUAGUUUUCUCUGCAGCUCUGUCUGUGAUAUUUCUAAAACGCAAGAUGUACAGAAAUCACUGGGGUGGUGUAAUUAUUUGUGUUAUCGCCCUUAGCCUGGUCGGGUCCUCCUCGAUUUUCUCGAGAGACUCCCAAGCGGUGAGCUUUUCUGCUGGUGAAGUUAUUACCGGUAUUUGCUUUAUCAUUGGCAGCCAAGUUGUGUGUGCUUCCCAAUACGUCGUAGAGGAAUUCCUUUUGAAGGGCGGUGCCGUACCACCCCUCGCUCUAGUAGGCAUUGAAGGUAUCUGGGGCCUCCUUGUGAUGGCAUGUAUAGUACUACCAGUGAUGCAACAUGUACCGGGCAAAGACGUAGGUGGGGUCUUCGAGAACGCCUCAGAUGCUUUUGCGAUGAUGGGCGACUCUAAGAUGGUCCUUGGUGGUGUCCUCGGCUAUGCUUUGAACACUUUCGCGUAUAAUAUCUGCGCUGUUAAUGUUACUAACUCUGCCUCUGCUAUCCACACCACUAUGCUUGAUUCUACUAGGACUAUUCUUAUCUGGCUCUGUUCUGUUAUAAUGUAA